AUGGAACCGCAACAUCCUCCCCACCCGAGGAACUCUCAUCACCCUCACCUACAGACCCUCGUCCCACCUCUCUCCAACAAGCUGCCUUUGAGGUCUUCCGCUAGUACCCCGAUGACCUCGCCUGGUCUCUUCAGCCCCUCGAACCCACGCCCGAAGAUGAACUUCCCGAUCCAAGCCUCGUCCGACUCGAACACCCCGAAUGUCGAGACCAGCAGCCCUUACCUGCACCCGCUACAAAAGCACAAAGUCAGAGAGACACACAAAGCCCUUAUUGAUUCCGAUAGCAUCACCGGUCGGAAACUCAUUAACCAGUAUGAGGUCAUCGAAGAAAUCGGCAGGGGCAUGCACGGAAAGGUCAAGCUUGCCCGAAAUCUCGAGACGGGCGAAAAUGUCGCAAUCAAAAUCAUUCCCCGCUACUCAAAGAAGCGUCGACUCGGCAAGGUCAUGGCCAUGUCUCCCCAGGAGAAGACGAUGCGCGAGAUUGCCAUCCUCAAAAAGAUGAGGCACCCUAACGUCGUGUCGCUGCUUGAGAUCAUCGACGACCCCGAACUGAAAAAGAUCUACUUGAUCCUCGAACACGUAGAGCUGGGGGAGGUCGUUUGGAGAAAGAAGGGUCUCCCUCACAUCUGCCACCACGAGCGUCGUCGCAUUGAGAGAGAAGCCCGUGGCGAGCCCCCGACACCCGAGGAGGAGCAGUACGAUCUGAUAAUGGAGAGGCGCCUGGCCUUGAAGGAGCUGAAGCGUGCCAAGAUGUCCCGGGCCAAUAUGGGCGUGCACGACUUUUGGAGCAUGGAGCACGGCGCGUCUGACGAUGCCAGUUACGGCUCACAGUCCCGCGUUCCAUCUAGAGACGAUCUUGGUAACUUGGACCACGUCAGAGGCGAAGCUUCCCAGCCCAACUCUUUGCAGGCAUCGCGAGCCACGUCGAGAGCCCCGUCACGGUCUCAGUCAGUAAAGUCCGUCGACGGCGGCUUCGCCGUCUUUGACCAGGAAGCCAUCGAGACCGACGACAUGGAGACGCCCGGCCCCCAACGAAGCAACCCGGGUUCUGCAACUGCACUGGACGGGACCAUGUACGGCGCAUACAUGGAGGAUAUUGCGUUGCGGGGCCGUUCGCCCAGUAUGGCUGAUUCCAUCAUCUCGCACAUGUCCUCGGUCGACUGGAAUUCCCGCAUGCACGAUCCGUUUGCUGAAGACUUUUCCUACGUUCCCUGCUUCACCAUUGAACAGGCAAGAACCACCUUCCGAGACACUGUCUUGGGACUCGAAUACCUGCACUACCAAGGCGUUGUGCACAGGGAUAUUAAGCCCGCUAACUUGCUCUGGACCAAAGACCAUCGGGUCAAGAUUUCCGAUUUUGGUGUUUCGUACUUCGGCCGCCCAAUUCGAGAUGGUGAACCGGAUGAUGAAACAGUCUCAGAGUCGGAAGCACAAGACUUUGAUGACGACCUCGAGCUGGCCAAGACGGUUGGCACGCCGGCCUUCUUCGCGCCCGAACUGUGCUACACAGACGCCGACCGCAUGGAGCAGCCAAAAAUUUCCGAAAUGAUUGACAUUUGGUCGCUGGGUGUGACGCUCUACUGCCUGAUCUACGCCAGAAUUCCUUUCCAAGCCGAGGACGAAUGGCAAAUGUUCCGCAAGAUCGCUACUGAGGAAGUUUUCAUCCCUCGCAAGCGCCUCAAGCCUGUUGAUCCGUCCACACCCCCUAACUCGGAGUCUCUCUUCAAGCGGCAUAAUGUGCCUCCCUACAGGGACGACAACGAGCUGGCUUACGAGGACAUUGACAACCUCCUGUACGAUCUCCUACGACAGAUGUUCACCAAGAACCCGGAGAAGCGAAUUCGCCUGCGGGACAUCAAGAGGCACCCCUGGAUUGUCCAAGGCAUCCCGAAUCCCAUUACCUGGAUCGACGACACGGAUCCGGCGCGGCCGUCCCAGGGCAGGCGUGUGCAAGUCAACGACAAGGAGACGGCCCAUGCCGUUGUGCCCAUUGCUUUCCUGGAGCGAGCCAGAUCUACAGUGAAGAAGGCUGUCGGGAAGUUGAUGCACCCUUUAGGCGAUCGAAGCGAUAGUCGGUCACGGCGGAGAGCUGCCAGCAGCGCUGCCAGCUCGGCUGGAGACAGCAUGUACAAUGUGCCUCCCACACCACACUCAAGAGACGCCCGUCGGAAAAGCUUGAAGAGCGAAGACUACUUCUCCAACGUUAAGGACUUUGCCUUCAACUCUGAGCACCCGUUGGUCCACAGCCAAACGGCGUCUCCCUAUGAGUCUUCCUAUGACCCCCUCGCAACUGCUAUCGCUCAGCCCGCCGGGGCUGCCUUGUUACAUGCGCUCCAGUAUGGUAGCAACGAGUCCAGGACGAACAGUGGCACGGCAUCACCGUCGGACCAGUCUACGAUACCUGGGACCGGUGCCGCGUCGCUUUACAAGCCAAACCAAUACUCACAGAGUCCCUCGAACGGAAACAGCUAUCUGAUGUUGACGGCGAACUUGCCCGAGGUGAAAACGCUGCCUCCGACACCUUUCGUUGACCCGACACUCGCCGACCCACUGAACGAUAUGCGGCAGACGCGCGGAUACGACGCCCUGACAGAGGAGGCUUUGCGGGCGCGUUCGGUCGAGCGUGGCGUCUUCAGGGAACAAGACAAGCGGGCUCCCGCGCAAGUAAGUGUUACAACCGCAAGCGUCCCGGGUACUCUUCACCGGAUGCCCAGCCUCCCUGGCAGACCCCGGGCUAUGCGCUCCGUCGACUUGGGCAAAGCGAAGCAUGCCAGCAACGGUUUAGCUUCGCCGCUGUUUUUCUCGUCGCGGUCCGUUACCGGUUAUCAACAUGGCCAACCUCAGUCGGAUUCAAACAUUUACGAGAAUCAACGAGCGACCACCGACUUGGAGGAGAGACCCCAGACGGCUCACAGGAUCGAGAAUGUCCGGGAUGUGCCAGAGGCAAGAACACCCCCUCCCCGAAAGUACAACAACUCAACACCCGAAUCAUUCGCGCGGGCGAGAGACGAGCUGCACCGCAAGCACAUUGAAGAGUAUCAGCACCAAGUCGCCCAGCAGGCCCUGGAUGAUGUCAGGUCGGACAUUGCGGUUGUGGACCCUACGGAAUAUCCUUGCCCCGUGUCGCCCGAUGACGAGUUCUUCGGCACGCCUCCGCCUCAUGGUCGUGAGUAUACAACAGAGACGAGACACUCCUCCCGCUCGGCGUCCAUCGGUGGCUUGGCUUCUCCCCUCACAAGCCCGAGCGACGUCAACAGCCCGAUUUCGUCCACAACUCCUCCUUCCAAGGAGGAGAUGCUCGCCUUUCAGUCGGAUCCGUCUCUGCCUGCGCUCCUUAGCGGCUCCAGCUCUGUUUCCGCCGACCUCGACGCCGAACCUGUAGAACCUGCUGUCGUCAACAACAAGCAGGCCCUGCUGGAAACAACGGACUCGCUGACACCUCCGGCUCUUGUCAAGGAGCCAAUGGCCGGCUUCCCUCUGGAGCAGUACGAGCAGCAGGAGCGCUUUGACCAACAUCACAACGCUUCGUUCGAUUCCGGGUCGAUACCUUUGCGAAUCACCCCCAAUACGUCCUACAGGAGCCCACCUGCAAUUCACCGCACCCCCGACUUCAGCCCGCAGGAUGAUGACGAUGACGAUAGCGACAGCGACGAGGGCCUGUUGAUGGCAAAGUCUAAAAAAAAGAAGUCGACAAAUGCACACGUUGAACGAAUUCCAUUCGGCGCCAGGCGGCGUGACACCAACGUGAGCAUCGCCAGCACCGAGACGGCCAAGAAGGUUGUCAUCCAUGGCGAAGAUGUUACCACAUACCCUGAUUGA